UGUGUGUGUGAGUCAGUGUGCGUGUGUCAGUGUGAGUGACGUCGCGUCACUGCUGUAUUCUGAUGACAGCGAGUCUGCGGACAGACGCACAGUACAGUAGCGCACGACUGUACUACCGGAGUCUGUCUGGGUAGCCUGCCUGCUAUCGACCGAGGAAAGGACGUCUUGUGAAAAGGGAUUCAAACAAAUACUUAAACAUUAAAGAUCACAGGAAGGAAGGGGAACCCGGAUCUGCGCAUGUGUAGUUCUAAAGAAGAUGCAUUAUGUAUGAUUUGGUUUUCGUUUAAGAAGCGCAUGAAGGUUGAAGUAAGACCCCUGCAUGCAGAGACGGGAGUAUUGCAGCGCAUGGAUCUGGUUUUAUUUCAAACACACAGAGACUCGCACGGCAGCUAAACGGAAUACGGGUCUGUCCUCACCAUUACUGGAAGAGGAAUACAAUUGGAUCAAGUCUGUCUGUCUGCCUGUCUGUCACUCCACUGAACUGGAGACUCACUGAUCAAAAGCAGGGAGGCUGCGUGGAACUCUGAGGGGUACAGACCUCACAGCACCCCGUGGAACUCUGAGGGGUACAGACCUCACAGCACCCCGUGGAACUCUGAGGGGUACAGACCUCACAGCACCCCGUGGAACUCUGAGGGGUACAGACCUCACAGCACCCCGUGGAACUCUGAGGGGUACAGACCUCACAGCACCCCGUCUUCACAAGAACUUGAACAGACAUGGAUUGGACUUACAAGCUAGACAUGAUCGGAUUGGACAUCUAACCCAUGAUUAAAAAGAGGUGGAGAGGGAGCGAGGGAUGGAGAAAGAGGGGAAUGGAGAGAUACUGGUGUGGUCUGUCUGUCUGUCUGUCUGUCUGUCUGUCUGUCUGUCUGUGUGAUGCUACUUAUUUAAUCUGCACCUGAGUUUCAAAGACACACCUAUAUAUAUUAAAGCUUGUCUGUCCGUCUGUCUGUCUGUCUGAAAACAGGAGUGUCAAUUUAAACACCCUUAAAGAGGCUGUCUUGCUUAGUGUGAGUGAGUGUGUGUGAGUGAGUCGCUGUGUGUGAGUGUGUGAGAGAGUGAGUCGCUGUGUGUGAGUGAGUGUGUGAGAGAGUGAGUCGCUGUGUGUGAGAGAGUGAGUCGCUGUGUGUGAGUGUGAGUGUGUGAGAGAGUGAGUCGCUGUGUGUGAGUGUGUGUGAGUGUGUGAGAGAGUGAGUCACUGUGUGUGAGUGUGUGAGAGAGUGAGUCGCUGUGUAUGAGUGUGAGUGAGUGUUUGAAUGGUAGAGUGACCAUCACUGUGUUGUUGCAGUUCAGGGUGAUGCCAGACGCUGUUUGGUGAAACGUUUAUUGGAUUGAAUUAGUUUGACUGAAUACUUCCAUUCCUGUUACUCCUGGUACCCCAGGAGUAAAAGUUAUUAACAGUGGAACUCAUGUGGCUUCAUUGAAGGGAUUCGAAGUGGAAUAGUUUCUAGUGGUUUGUAUACAUAUGAAGUGAGCCAAUUUGUAUAUAUAUAUAUACAUAUAUAGUUAUUAUUGAAAACUCCAAUGCUUUUUUGAUUUUAGUCAAUAAUUCUGAUAUUCUUUCCAUGUAACGCCUAUUUAUUGAAAGUCGUUGAUAUUUAUGAACAGUAACAUUGGAGGACUUAACAGCUUGGUUUGAUAGAUGAGUUCCUGGGUUCAUUUAUUUUACUAAUAUAAGCACCAAAGUUGUGAAAAUACAUCUGCUUUCUAUUUUUUAUAAUUACAUAUUUAAAUUAUUUUAUUUAAUAAAACGUAGAAUAGUUGUUCUCUUAUAGAAACUUUACUUUGGUUUUCUAUUUUUUUUUUUUUUUUGAUUUUUCAGUUUGUGAAUGAAUUUAUUCAGUGCAAGCAAUAGUCCAUGACUGUGAUUGUACUAAUUGAUUGAUUGUGCCUGUCUGUGUCUUUGUGUCUGAGUCUGUGUGUGUGUGUGUGUGUGUGUGUGUGUGUGUGUGUGUGUGUGUUUGGGUCUCUCCAUCUCUCUGCCUCCCCCCCCCACGUUUCUAUGAAUGGUUGGUUUGGACCAUGCUCCCCCGUGGAAUUUAUUAUAGUGGUUUGGACCUGCCUGGGGGGGAGGAGCCUAGUGUGACCCUGAGCAGCUUCCGACCCCGCGACCCAGACGACAAAACCACAGCCUCCCAGAAUGAUGACAUCACCGCCUCACACUCAUCCCAGCAUGCAGCAUCGCCGCAGGUUGGACUGGGACUCGGCUCAGGACUAAUGAAGACGAAAUGGUAUUGCACACUGGAAACGCCGCCCCCCGCUCCCGUCCUGGAGGAGUGUGAGGAGGAGGGCGCUCUCUACACCGUCACACGCAGGCAGCAGCCGUCCCAGCACAGCGCCACCAGGGGGCAGCCAUGGCACGGGGACCUUGUUGGACACAGCGAGACAUGUCUGGUGCGCUCCAUCAAGGCGGGGACAGUGGACAGACUCGUCCUUCACCUGCUGGACUGCUUCCGUCUUGGGGACUCGUCCUACGUGUCCGUCUUCCUGUCCACCUACAGGACGUUCAGCUCGCCGGAACAGGCUCUGAGGAUCCUGCUGGACAGGUUAGAGUUCCCCCCUGUGGGCUCAGCUGGUAGUGCAGAGAGGAGCGCUCGAGAGAGACUGGAAUUCAACAACACUGUGUCGUCAGUGUUCUCGACCUGGCUCGAGGGGUACCCCGAGGAUUUCCGUGCCCUGGGGGACCCCUCCCUGCUCGAGCGCUUGGUGGAGGUGCUGAGAACCAAGCUGCCGGGGUCAGAAGUCAAGGGGCGCGCCCACAUGCUGCUCAGAGAGGUCAGGGAGGAGCAGCAAACACAUGAGAGGAGAGCGUCAUAGCAGAACAGCUGAGCAGCAUCGAGACUGCCCUGUUUCUCAGGGUGGUUCCCUAUCACUGCCUGGGCUCCCUCUGGUCUCAGAGGGAUAAGAAGGGGAAGGAGCAGCUCUGCCCCUCGGUGCGAGCCACGGUGCGGCAGUUCAACCAGCUGACCAGCGCGGUCAUGACCUCCUGCCUCGGAAACACCUCCCUGCGCAGCCAGCAGAGAGCCCGGCUGAUCGAGAAGUGGAUCAGAGCUGCCGAGGAGUGCCGCACUCGUAAGAACUUCUCCAGUCUCUACGCGAUUAUCUCGGCUCUGCAGUCAAACGGGGUGCACCGCCUGAAGAGGACCUGGGAGGAGACAUCGAGGGAUGCAGUGCGGAGCUAUGAGGAGCUGUCUGAGAUUUUCUCUGAGGAGGAUAACUACUCACACAGCCGCGAGCUGCUCAAAGAGGAGGGGACCUCCAAAUUUGCCAAUGUGGGAAAGAAACAUCCCGGGGUCCCAGUUCACGGGACGGUCCCCUAUCUCGGCACCUUCCUGACUGACCUGGUCAUGCUGGACACGGCAGUGAAGGAUCAUCUGGAGAACGGCUACAUCAACUUCGACAAGCGCAGAAAGGAGUUUGAGAUCAUCGCUCAGAUCCGCCUGCUUCAGUCAUCCUGCAAAAACAGCACCUUCCAGACUGAUGAGAGCUUCAUGCACUGGUACAGCAGCCUGCCCAGACUGAGUGAGGCAGAGAGCUACCGGCUCUCCUGUGAAAUCGAGCCUCCUGGGGAACUAACCACUCCCACCAGGACUGUGAAACCAACCGUGAUCAUCACACACUGCACUGACCUCCUCUCCUCCAUCGCUAGUCCGGCUGGGGCAGGAGGGUUCAAGGCCUGGGACAAGCUGGGGUCCCCGCAGGGCGCAGGUGAAGGGUGGUCCGAGUAUCUCGAGGGAUCGGACAGCCAGCUGAAGCCAGUUAACCCCUUGCUGUCCAGAAUCACCAAGCACAUGAAAUCUCCCUCAGUUUCCUGUCUUGAUGCUGUAGCCAACGCCCCUGGUUCUAACCACACCCCCUCCUCCCCACCCUCUACUCUGACUCCUCCUCUGGGCUUUGUGAAGUCACACCGUCGCUCCGCCUCCUGUGGCUCGGCCCCGCCUCCUGGCGCUGUGAAAGCAGAGUCAGACAUACGCAUAAUCAGAGUGGAGAUGGGCCUGGAGGAUGGGAACAUGUACCGGAGCAUACUGGUCUCCAGUAAUGACAAGGCCCCCACAGUGAUCAGUAAAGCCCUGGAGAAGCACAACCAGGAUCCCAGUAAAGCAUCCCAGUAUGAACUAGUCCAGGUGCUGCCCGAGGGGAAAGAAUUGACGAUACCCAGUACAGGAAAUGUUUUCUAUGCGAUGACAUCAUCAAGCGUGGACUUCCUGUUGCGCAAGAAGGGCAUGGCCUCGCCCCAGGUUCGACCAGUGAGCUCGGAUGUGAGUGCCACCUUCCCGCGAAUCAAAUCCAAGGGGCUGAAAAUCGCGCGUGCAUUCUUCUGACCUCACUUCCUGUCUGCUGAGCCAUCAUCGCAGGCGUGUAAUCUGUGAACUCUGACCUCCAGUCCGUAUUGACAGUACCUGACUGACCCAGCAAGCGGAGGAGGAGGAGGAGGAGGAGGAGGAGGAGGAGGAGGAAGAGGAGGAGUCACAGACUCACUGCGAGAAGAAUAAGAAGCAGUGCUGACCAGGCCUGACCCUGAGACUGCUGCUGAACUUCAUGAGAUCAGAGCCAAUCAUAAUCCAAGAAACUGAGACAAACACUGAGACACACACUGAGACUCACACACACUGAAACACACACUGAUACACAGAGACACACACUGAGACUCACACACACUGAGACACACACUGAUACACAGAGACACAGACUGAGACACACACUGAGACACAUACUGAUACACACACACGCACACUGAGAAACACACUGAGACACAUACUGAGACACACACACACGCACACUGAGAAACACACUGAGACACAUACUGAGACACACACACACACUGAGACACACACUGAUACACAGAGACACAGACUGAGACACACACACACACACACUGAGAAACACACUGAGACACAUACUGAGACACACACACACACUGAGACACAUACUGAUAUACAGAGACACACACUGAGACACAUACUGAGACACAUACUGAUACAGAGACACACUGAGAAACACACUGAGACACACACUGAGACACGGACACACAGAUGCACACACAGACACACUGAUACACAGAGACACACACACACACACACACAGAGACACACACAGAGACACACACUGAGAUACACAGAUACAAACGAGACACACACAGAUGCACAGACAAACACACAGAUACACACACAACCACUGAAACACACACUGGUACACGGACACACAGAUGCACACACAACCACUGAAACACACACUGACACACAGACACAAAUACACACACACAGACACACACUGACACACAGAUUCUUACAGACACACACAAACACUUUGCAAUAACGAGCGGUUGAGUCUUGCCGCUCUCUCUCUCUAUGCAAUCGGAGUGACUCUGGGUCAGAACCCCGCUGGACAGGCCCGCAGGGACAGAGGCUUCUAGUCUGCAGUAGUUAGCUGGACUCUGCAGUUUGUUAAGAGGAGUCGAUGCCCUUGGCUCUGGCACUCACCGUGAUGAGCCGCAUCGAGGCACUUUGAACGUCACACACUAAAACUAAACAAAGAACUUUAUAUGAGAAUGCUUGAGGACUGUGUGUUUAUUAAUAAUGACCAUGUUUGCUUCUGUUUAUCAAAUAAUGUGCAAUGCAGGCAGACAGACUGGUGCACUACACUGUCACAAUGUCUGUAUAUUACUGAGGGGCAAUGGUAGUGGAGGGCAGCUACAAUGCAUGAGUCCCACAGUACCUUAACUUCACCCUUCCCAAAUGAUCUUCAAAGGUAAUGCAGACAGUGGCACUACAGUGGCAAUAACGGUUCUGUGUUAUACAAAGGGGCAACGGCAGCACAAGUAUAGGGCAGCUACAAUGGGGUGAGGCUGGUAGAAUGGGAUCGCAGUGUGCCAGCUGUUGUAGAAUUCAGAAAGUUAAAGUUUGUUAUCUGACUUCUGUUUAUACAUCCAUGAGUAGAAAUAAUUGUGAUUCCGAACUCUGUUGCAGAUUUCAACAAAGAUAUUUUAUUAGAUAGAGUAGUGCAGCUGGGGGUGCUCUCGUUUCCUUAAGUGAAUGUAACAUCAAAGCCUCCACAGGAAACCAGAAUGUAAGGAAGGAAUUGUAAUUCUUUUGAAGGUUUUAGCCCCAGAAUGUUAUCUCUGAGAAAACACGGGAUCUCCUUUAAAUUGCCAUAUGAUGCAUUUUAAAGCUUUCCCCUUGCCAUCUGCCCUUCCUCCUCCAGCAAUUAAUAUUAAACUCAAAACUGUCUAACCAA